AAGAAGCGCCGCCACACAUCUUGCGCCGGGUGGGGGGGGGGAGGCGGAUGGAGAGGAACAGCGAGUGAGUCCGCCCGGACAGCGCGAGCGACCAGAAUCUGCGGCCCUGAGGCGAGACGCCAGGUCUGCUGGGCCCGCUCCCUCCGCCAAGGGGCUCAGUUUGCAAAACAAGAGGAAGUUUAAUUUCCAAGUAGUCUAGGCGUGCAGAGUAGGCUAUGAAGAGAAACAGGACAUUCAGUCUGCUGCUCUUUUCAUUUUGUUGUUGUGCCUGAGAGAUUGAAAGAUGAAGAUGCACUUUCCUUCCCUGUGAAAUAAAUAUCAUUCUGGAGAAGUCAAUCACGAUGCUGUAACAGAGGCAGAAAUAUCUGGGAAGAUGGGGGUCUUUGUAUUUCUUCUGAUCUGGAGUUUAAUCUUAAACCUGAUACAUGGACACAGUUUAUUCACAUGUGAACCCAUUACUAUUCCAAGAUGUUCUGGAAUGGCCUAUAAUAUGACAUUUUUCCCAAAUAUAAUGGGGCAUUAUGAUCAGGACACAGCAGCUGUGCAGAUGGAGCCAUUUCUUCCUCUUCUGAAUAUCCAUUGCUCACCAGAUGUCUGCACAUUUCUGUGCAAAGCAUUUGUUCCUGCCUGCAUGGAACAAACUCGUGUGAUUCACCCAUGUCGAAGUCUUUGCAAAAGAGUGCACUCGGACUGUAAACAACUGAUAAACACUUUUGGAAUUGUGUGGCCUGAAGAGCUUGAAUGUGACAGGUUGGAAGAUUGUGAUGAAUCCGCUCCUGUCACUGUUUCUCUAACAACGAGAGCCCAUGACGUUCAGAAAACCCCAGGACAGCCUAGAAGGGACUAUGGAUUUUGGUGUCCACGUCAUCUGCAGACAGCUGGCGGACAAGGCUACAAAUUUUUAGAAAUUGACCAGUGUGCACCCCCAUGCCCCAACAUGUACUUCAGUAAUCAUGAGCUGGAUGUUGCCAAAAGCUUCAUUGGGAUAGUUUCAAUUUUUUGCCUUUGUGCAACUCUUUUUACCUUCCUGACAUUUUUGAUUGACGUCAAACGGUUCAGGUAUCCAGAGAGGCCAAUAAUAUAUUAUUCUGUUUGUUACAGCAUAGUAUCUCUCAUGUACUUCCUUGGGUUUGUCCUGGGAAAUCGAGCAGCCUGUAAUAAGUUAGAUGAAAAACUGCAAACUGGCGAAACAGUUGUUCUUGGUUCUCAGAACAAAGGCUGCACAAUUAUUUUUAUGGCUCUCUAUUUUUUCACCAUGGCAGGAACUGUGUGGUGGGUGAUCCUCACAGUCACUUGGUUUCUAGCUGCUGGACGGAAAUGGAGCUGUGAAGCUAUUGAACAAAAAGCAAUGUGGUUCCAUGCAGUUGCCUGGGGUAUGCCUGGCUCUCUCACCAUUAUGCUUCUUGCCAUGAACAAGGUGGAAGGUGACAACAUCAGUGGUGUUUGUUUUGUUGGUCUCUAUGACUUGGAUGCUUCCCGAUACUUUGUCCUUUUGCCUUUGUGCCUUUGUGUCUUUGUUGGGCUGUCUCUCUUGUUAGCUGGCAUAAUUUCUUUAAAUCAUGUACGGCAAGUCAUCCAGAAUGAUGGCAGGAAUCAAGAGAAGCUGAAAAAAUUCAUGAUUCGAAUUGGCGUCUUCAGUGGCUUAUACUUGGUACCUCUAGUGAUGCUCUUGGGCUGUUACAUCUAUGAGCAGGUCUACAGGAAGAUCUGGGAGACCACUUGGGUCUAUGACCAUUGUAAUAAGUUCCAUAUCCCCUGUCCUUAUCAGGUACAGGUGUUAGCAAGACCGGAAAUAAGUUUGUUUCUGAUUAAAUACCUCAUGACUUUAAUUGUUGGUAUCUCUCCAGUCUUCUGGGUGGGAAGUAAAAAGACCUGUUCUGAAUGGGCAAGUUUUUUCAACAGAAACCGCAAACGAGACCCCAUCAGUGAAAGCCGAAGAGUGUUGCAAGAGUCAUGUGAAUUUUUCUUGAAGCACAAUUCUAAAGCAAAGCACAAAAAGAAGCACUACAAAUCUGGCUCUCACAAACUGAAGGUGAUUUCAAAGUCGAUGGGGACUAGCACUAGUGUCGCAACCAAUCAUGGGACUUCUGCAGUGGCAAUUGCUAACCAUGAUUACUUAAGCCAAGAGACUUUUACUGAAAUCAAAAGCUGUCCAGACGCAUCUGAGAGAGCGGUGGAAGCAGAUGGAACACCCAGCCUGAAAGUGGACGAGGAAGAGUUUGCCCCCAGCGAACAGAGUGCAUUACAAACACGAGCCAGUCCUAAAGUAGCUUUGGAACAAGUGGAAAAAAGGGGCAAGGCAGACAAUAUGCAAGAUAUGGUUAGCUUAUCUGAAAGCAAAAGGAGAAUGGCUGAAGGAAGGUCAACUCCUAAAAGUGACUUUAUCGAAACUCGUCCACUCCAAGUCAGUCAUACACUCCUUGAUGUUUCUCAGCCAGGCAGUACCAAAGGAUCCGUCUUGUUGCUUGCCCCCUCUUCUUCAGAUUCCAGAAAAGCUCAAGAGUCUGGUAAUAGCUCAAAUGCUUGAAAAGAGCAAAUGUCUUGUGAAUAUCUUCACUUCAUGAAAUGGAUGGAUUCUGUGUUACACUGGAAAUUUCCGCUGCAUUGUGCCUUGAAAAUAAGCAUUACACAGUCUUCCUGUUUGCACUUCAAGCAAACGUGAACUUGUAUUAUGGGGAUGCCUAGCAAUAGCAUUGUCUUUAAACUCUAGGGACCAAUUCAGAUGUCAAGUGGAACCUCAGAUUAUUUCAUGUAUCCUAGGUUGCUUUUAUCAUCUGAACUCAUGUCGUGGAACUAACCGCAGUUUGUGUAUGGCUGUCUAACUCAAAUCUAAAGCUUGGGUUUGAAGUUGGCUUGUAUACUUCGCUUUGUCUUAACCUUAAUUACAUGUUACAGCUGAAUGCACCCGUGUAGCUUUUGUUUCCCUCCAAGGGCUGCCACUCACAGAGAUGCUAGUUCAGACCUGCUGCAACACAUGGCUGCUCAAGGCUGCAAGUGUCUCUCACUGGUGCCGAUAGGAAACCUCCCCUAGUUACCUAGCUACUCUUUAAGUUGUCUCUCUGCCUGCAAACAGAACAGCUGCCAGCACUCACCUUUCCUUUUAAAUCCAGAAUCAUUUAGAAGAGACAGUUAAAGACUGCUCUUCCCUUUCCCCACCAGAACUGAAGUCCCGCAGCAGCCUGAUGUGCUGAAAUCCAGUUCCAAAUGUGAUCUUUCCCUCCUUUCCAUUUUUAGCCUACUUUCCAUAAGGAAAGUAAACAUACGCGAUCACCUGGCAUUCUGUGAGGCUAUUCUCACGAGCAGCCAAGACCGGGCUAGGACAGCUAAGUCUGGGCUUGGCUGCCCGUGAGAACCUCCGGGAACUGCGUGGUUCCUGGUGGUGCAUCAGUGGCAAACCUGCCUGGGGGCCUGUAGCAGUGAAAAGCAGUGACAGGAAUGUUCCGGCACUCCUUUCAGUGCAAGAGCAGUGGAGCUCCUGCAGCUGCAGAGUGGUCGUAUGCUUGGCUCUAGCCUACUUGCCAGGGAACCCUUAGCCUCUUCCUAAUUAUCUAUCAAUCUUUAUUAUGGUCAUGGACCAAUAUAAAGUAUAGGACAUAAGGAUCAUAAAAAUACACAAAAUACAUGAUGGGAAUGUAUACAAGGCAUUAAAAGGCACAGAGAAGGAUGCAAGGCAUAAAAAGGCAUAAAUACAUGAAAAGCCUAAGUAAUAAAACUGCAAUACAACAGAGUUCUAAAAUUCUAUAGGGCAGUAAAAAUAUGGGGCUAUGGUGCUAAAGUGUUGGAGAGGUGCAGGUUUUUCAGGUGGCGUGCUAAGUUAGAUGAGUGUGUUGUCCUAAUUAUCUAAUACAGCUGGUGCAGACCUAAACCGACCUCUGGGACUCCUGUGGUCCAUACAGACCCAUCAGAUGACACUCAGAAGGGUGAAGGAGGCCCUGCUUCUGCCCCUACCAAACAUAUGCAGCUGCUCUUAUGUAGUACCAGUUAUUGUUAGGACACCAGUCAGUCAUUGAUGCAGAUGCUUUUGUGCAAGAAUUCAGGCCGAGUCUGUGUCCUUGUGCCGUUUCUAGGAUGUGGUCUUUUUAAAAUAAAAAAUAAAAAAAAGUACUUGGUGGAAUGGCUCAUCGGUUGGGGCCAUUAGUAACGUUUUAUAGUAGUCCAUACACUGAAAUGAAAAGAGACUCUGGAAUUAAAAGCAAUUUAAUUUAGCUACUUUUGUACACAGCAUAUCACUACUGUUUCUCUUACACUGUAGAAGGUAUAUAUCAGGUUAAUGUAUGCCUCUCACAUAUUUUUGUUAGAUUGACGUCAAUCAGCAUGGGUGCUACUCAGUUAUUGUAGGCAAUAACCUGGAUGUUAGUUUAGCUGCAAUGCUAACCCAUCUUGAAUGCAGCUUAACAAACUUUAUAAAGUGAGAUUUUUGCACAAAUGGACCCCUGGACCCCUUCCUUCUCCCCCCCCCCCUUUUUUUUUUUGCUUACAUACAGACAUGUAGAAUAGACAACAUACAGCCCACAGUCUACAGUCUUCCCCUUAAUUUUUUAGGACUUCAACUUUAUUUUAAAAAAUUCAUUGUUCUCAUGGAUGCAGGGAUUUGCUAGAAAUGGAAUGUGAGUGUGCUAAUUGCCAGAAGUCAUGCAAUUCUCUGCAUUUUAUAACCUUCGGGUCUCAUUAUUAAGCAUCAUAUCUAUUUUAAAGAAUCAACUGAUGACAUAAGGUCUCUCCAACAUUUUUGUCUGCACAAAAGUGCCUUGAUCAUUUGUUUGGUUCCAGUUUGUCCUUGAUAAUAGUUUCAGAUUUCUCUGUGGUGUGGCCCUUACUCCAGAAGUGUAAAACAACCCCUCUGUAACUCAGAAAAUUCUCUAGAGAUCAAGGGAGUAAACAGACCAUUCGGAAAGCUAUCCUGGUUCCUACAAUCCUUAGUGGGACAAGGUAAGUUAGACUUAGUCGACCCUGUGGCUCCAUGCCGUCCUUUCCUCCAGGGCAAUUCUAUAAAAUCCUGAAUUAGCCCUAAUACCAGGCUUACCUUCACUUCCUUAGGAAGUUAAUUGUGGGAUCUCCCUUCAGACACUAUGGCACCAGGACCCUUAAUUCAGUUGGCUUGCAACUUGUCUGAAAAGGUUCAUAUUAUGGGUGCUUAAUGUUGUCUUUUGCUAUGCACCCUGAAGCAUGAGGCCAGUGCAUUUAUCAAGAAAAAGCAGGGCUGGGGGAGAUUGCCCUAGGCACUCUAUCCCACUCUCCCAUACAACUUUAUUUGUUGAUACAACUUCUGGUUUCACUGGAUCAUGUUUCCUGAGCUACUUAUGCGCUUGAUUGACGGUAGCUGCAGGCUUCAACAUCUCCUGGCUUGCAGUGAUUAUGGAGGAGUAAUUCCUUACAGUCCUCCUGUUCUUCCAAUUUUGAGUCAGGUGAGGAUCCCCAUACCUUGAGGUCCUGCAGUGCUGAAUUAAGGUACUUGGCUGCUUUAGUUUGAUGCACAAGCACUGGGGAGGAGGAGUAGCAGGUGCUCUUUCUUUGCAGUUUUCUGUCAAAAAGCAGAGAGAAACAUGAAUAUCUUUCUUUACAAUUAGAUCCUUUCAAGAGUAAUGUAGGCUACCUUGCUGGAGUGCAGAAAAUACUACAGAAUAGUACUUCCCAGUUGGCAAAGAUGUGUUCCGUUAUACCAACUAACGUAUGGUGAUAUAGUAGAGCCCUACAUAAUGUGAAAAUGAAUGUUUGAUAAUCAACCAUGAGCCAAACCACUAUAAACCAAAUAUUGAUUUAAAAUGGUUCAUGUUGUAGUUUACUGUGAUAAUGUAACAUGGUUUCUAAAACACUACAGAGGGCCAUAUUAGACUUGGCUUUAAACAUGGUGGUUGGUCGUUUAUGAUUUUUGGGGCCGGGGAUAGCUUCCCUUCUGUGGAAGGCCCGCAGUCUAGAUCAGAACUAUGGUGGUGGGGUUAAACCCCUUCCUUUCUUCUCUCUGCCCUGCCCAAUACUGAUAUCUGUUUGGGCCUCUUGCAUCUGCUAUUUAAACAUUUAGACUACUGAAACAUAGAAGGCCAAAUGACAAUGGCUAAUGAUGGUUUUAGUACUUUAUUUCUCUAUAUCGGGGGUUCCAAACAGGAGUACUAGUACCCCUAGGGGUAUUUGAAAGGCCCCCUCCUGCCUCCCUAUGCUGUAGCCAUGCUAUUUGUUCCCCAUCUGAGGAUGUUGACUUGAAGCUGACAUAUCCUCAGUUAUGUGUCUGCUUUAGAAGGGGGGCGAGGAGGGGGAAGACUCUUGCACCACUCUUGAUUGGCUGGCCAUGUGCUCAGCAUACCACUCCCCUCAGCCUGAGUGAGGAGCUUCAGAAAAUUAGCACUGGGUAAAGGUAAAGUUGCGCCAUUGAGUCGGUGUCGACUCCUGGCGACCACAGAGCCAUGUGGUUUUCUUUGAUAGAAUACAGGAGUACUCCCGUUGAAAUGUAUAAUUUCAGUAAGACUGCCUGUAACUUCGUGUGGAUGUGAGCCAUGUGACUGUAGUAGCCUGUCUCUGAAAUGGUAACACUUAAAAUGUGUGUUUUUAUGUGUGUAUGCACAUUCACUUUUCUUUCUUUCUCUCUCUCUUUCUUAAAAGAUGCAGUUAUGAGAUGGGCUGCUCCAGUCACUGGCUUGCAUCCCAGUUAAGUUACUCAUAAGGAGUCUUAUUGAAAUUAAUGGGACAAGUUUACUUUUCCUAUUAAUUUCACUGGGAGCACUUAUUGAACUCCCACUGAAAUUUGUGUGCACGCAUUCGCGCGUCCUCUCUCUCUCUCUCUCUGGGAUACCUGAGCUGAAGAUUUGCAGCAGAAGAGGUACACUUGUUUAAAACAUUUGAGAACCCCUGCUCUAUAUUAAGGUAUCAAGGGGCCAGUUCAGAUUAUACCUUACUGCCCCACAUGAUUAGAAAGGGUGCACAUGUUGCGAUGCCUUUUGCAUGUGUAGAGCAGCCAUUCAGAUAAACAACCCUUCCAUGUAAUAAAGGGAUGUGUUGAGGGUAUUGAGAUACCCACAGAAGAUGUCUUGGCGCAUCCCUUUCUAAUCGCCUAGGCCAGUGAGGUAUCUUCUGAAUCGGCCCAUGAUAGAUUAAGUAAGAGUUUGAGUGUGUGUGUGUAACAGCCACGUUUUGGUUCUUGGGAGGUAAUUUUCUUUGAGACAUUUCUUUAAGGCAAAUAUUGCUAAUAGAGAUAAGAGUGAUACAGUGGGCUUUUUAUUAUUUGACAUUACCACCAAUGCACUUUUAUAACUUUUGCAUCUUAGCAUACUUGCUACAGCUGGUGAAUUUUUAAGCUAGCACUCAAAAGUUUGAUUUGCAGUCUUGGGUGUGUGUGUAUAUUUGCAGCUUCAUUGGUUUAUGUGUUAAACACUAAGAGCAAGGUCCAAAAUUAGUCAUGAUUAAGCAUCACUGAAAUAUAGGAGACAUUACUAAUGUAAAUCCUAAUAAUUUCAGUGGGACAGUUGUGACUAACUGGAUCUUGCCCAAAGUAAAGCUAUUUUAUAGAAAAUAAUUACUGAUAGAAUAAGGAAGGUAGUUCUUGCAGAUCAUUUUUUUUCCUUUUUUUUAACCAUGGCAUACUGGAAUGUAUAAUGAUCUCUGCAUUAUAUAACUUGUAAUUUAUUGCCUUAAAGAAAAAGUAUUAGUGGUUCUACUGGGUCCUUUUUUAUUUUCAGCACAUAAUAUUCUCCCAGUUAUUAGGAGAAAUUGAGAAUGUUGUAAAUAAUCCCUAUGAAAAACAAUUUAAGCUCUUGUUCUUUCUGUUACCUGUAAAAAAAAAAAUUGUACAAAUUUUGGAAGUUGUAUUUUUAUUAUCAGAGGCAAUAAAGUUUUCUGGACUGUAAAAAGCAUAUAUGUUUGUUUUGGAAAGGCUGGGGUGGCAUCUAUGCAGCCUCUGAGAAGUUGAGCUUAAUAAUGAAAAAUGCAUUGCUGGAUGAAAAUAAAGUCUGAGUUGUCCACUCUUA